AGAUGCGAGCAGUGGAUCAGACGACCGGUCCACUGUGCCGCAGCCUCCCGACGACUCGACACAAAGGAGAGGGGUCCGAGACGAGAGGGGCGACUGACAGGAAGAGCAGAGAGACGGACGGACGACAACCCAGGACGGAGCGGCCGCAGUGGGUUUCUCCGAGAAGCAAAGAUAAACCAGCCGUCGAGACGCCCUCCAGCCAUCCAGCAUGCGGGCUCUGGUGCUUCUGCCCCUGCUCUUGUGCGCGGCGGCGUGCGUGGACCAGGCGAGGGCGGAGGUGAAGGCGGUGAAGCUGUGCGGUCGAGAGUUCCUGAGGGCCGUCGUCUACACCUGCGGAGGCUCCCGCUGGAGGAGGUUCCUCGCCGAGUCGGACGUGGACGGUUUGCCACCAGGGGAACAGAACAGCGUGGAGAGCCUCAGCAGCAGCAGCAGCAGCAGCAGCAGCCUCCCGGGCUCCGAGCUGACCAAGCGAGACAUAAAUAACAUACUGACCACCGUGUGCUGCCAGGUGGGCUGCAGGAAGAGUGACCUCACCUUCCUCUGCUGAGGAGGACCCCCUCUCCUCUUCUCUCUCACACUGCCCAAAGGGACUGUUCUUCUCCCGUCUUGCCUUAACCCAAUCUGGAGGGUAAACGAUGCCAUCGCUGUAUUGUAUGUACAAUAAUUGCUUUUGAUAUUUUUGCGGGGUUUUAGUCUUAUUAAUUUGACGUCGUCCACUCGAGCAUCUGAGGACGUUUCCGAAAACGUUUCUGAAAACCAGAGCUUGAGGACAUUAGCAGCCAUAAAUAUAUAUUGUAUAUGUAAUCGUAGUAUAGACGCGUCUAUGGAAAUGACGAAACCAAACUCAGUUGAAGUAAACGCACUCAGGGUGGUAUUCAAAAUUACAAGAUUUUUAUCACGUCCCACUCAAGAUUCUUUUCCUGUUUGUAACGAGCAACCACACGGUUGCAGGUUUGUAAAAUUUCCAUUACUGCUUCAAAUAAAUUGAAAUUAAAGUUAA